CCCAUGAAGACUGGCGCGCGCGGAGACUGGCGCGCGCGGAGACUGGCGGCCGCGGCACUCCCGGCAUGCCUAGCGCUGUGCAGCGAGGGAAGUGAGUGAGCACUUCCGGCCGCCAUCCCUGCCCAGGUGACGUUUCUGUGUUGUUUCUGGCUUGCACUUUCUUGCUAUCAUGAAGGAUGUACCGGGCUUCUUACAGCAGAGCCAGAGCUCCGGGCCCGGGCAGGCCGCCGUGUGGCACCGUCUGGAAGAGCUCUACACAAAGAAGUUAUGGCAUCAACUGACACUUCAGGUCCUUGAUUUUGUACAGGACCCAUGCUUUGCCCAAGGAGAUGGUCUCAUUAAGCUUUAUGAAAACUUCAUCAGUGAAUUUGAACACAGAGUGAACCCUUUGUCCCUGGUAGAAAUAAUUCUUCAUGUGGUUAGACAGAUGACUGAUCCCAAUGUGGCUCUUACUUUUCUGGAAAAGACUCGCGAGAAGGUGAAAAGUAGUGAUGAGGCAGUGAUCCUGUGUAAAACAGCAAUCGGAGCUCUAAAAUUAAACAUCGGGGAUCUACAGGUUACAAAGGAAACGAUUGAAGACGUUGAAGAGAUGCUCCACAACCUCCCCGGCGUGACAUCGGUUCACAGUCGUUUCUAUGAUCUCUCCAGUAAAUACUAUCAAACAAUUGGGAACCAUGCUUCCUACUACAAAGAUGCUCUGCGGUUUCUGGGCUGUGUUGACAUCAAAGAUCUACCAGUUUCAGAGCAGCAGGAGAGAGCCUUUACACUGGGGCUUGCAGGACUUCUCGGCGAGGGAGUUUUUAACUUUGGAGAGCUGCUCAUGCACCCUGUGCUUGAGUCACUGCGGGCCACCGACCGGCAAUGGCUGAUUGACACCCUCUAUGCCUUCAAUAGUGGCGAUGUGGACAGGUUCCAGACUCUGAAGACUGCCUGGGGCCACCAGCCUGACUUAGCUGCCAACGAAACCCAGCUUCUGCGGAAGAUUCAGUUGUUGUGUCUAAUGGAGAUGACUUUCACACGACCUGCCAACCACAGACAGCUCACUUUUGAAGAAAUUGCCAAAAGUGCCAAAAUCACAGUGAACGAGGUAGAGCUGCUGGUGAUGAAGGCACUCUCGGUGGGACUGGUGAGAGGCAGCAUAGAUGAGGUCGACAAGCGAGUCCACAUGACCUGGGUGCAGCCCCGCGUGCUAGAUUUGCAGCAGCCCAGCUCUGCGGUUCACAGUGCUGCUCCAUUGGCUUGUGACCCUACGUGUCCUAAUGCCUCUCUGGUCCUGAUUUGCCUGCAGAUCAAGGGGAUGAAGGACCGCCUGGAGUUUUGGUGCACAGAUGUGAAGAGCAUGGAGAUGCUGGUGGAGCACCAGGCCCAUGACAUCCUCACCUAGUGCCCGGUGCCCUGCAGCCCAGCCCCACCCAAGAGGCCUUUCCGUGGCCUCUGAAACUCAGUAGUAGAGAUCUGCACUGGGUUGAGGGAGUUGGACCCUUGUGGGAGUAGAGACUCUUUUUGCUUUGAAAGCAGAACUGUUGUUGUUGGGGACUGGACCCUGGCAAAAGGGCCCUUUAUGGGUUGUCUCAUAGCCUGUGGUGGCCUUGGGUGAUGAAGGAGGGUGGGAGCAUGACCAGGAAGGGACGCCCUCUGCUCUGCAGAGGACAUGCACCCCAAGGUGGGUCCUCAUCCACAUCUGCCUGUGUGGACAUCCUUUUAGAUGUGGUACAAGAACGUUCCUGUAAUAAAUGCCUUUUCAUUCUG